GUAAGCUAAGCAUCCUCCUAUAAGGAAGAAGAGUCUUCUAUUCAAAUCAGAUUGUUAUGUCAUUUCCUUUACACUUUCACUCAUUUCCUUGUUCAGCAAAGGAGGCCUCGCCCAACUCUCUCUUAAAUCUUCUCUUCUCCAUCUUAACACGCUUUCUUUGACCAUACACCAAUCUCCAGCAAAACCCACAGCUUUGACAGCCUCUCUUUCUCUAUACAAACAGAGAGUUACAACAGGACUCUUUCUCAUAACUCACCCUACUUAUUCUCCUCAUCACACUUCUAAUUAAGCUUCUCUCUGUUUCCAUUUCUCUUCUUCUCUAUCACUCUUUCUCUGUUCAUAAAGAGAACUUAAAAGAAACAAAGAUGGUUAGAUACCAACGUUAUCAUCAACUUAAGAAACCUAGUUUACUAAUCAAACAGCAACAACAGCAAGGAGAUGAAGAUUCACAGACCCUUAUCUUUGAAUUCGGAAAUAACAACUAUUUCUACUGUAAAAAACCCAAAUUUGUGUUUCUAUUCCUUUUAGUUCUUCUAUCUUGUUGCUUGGUCUUUGCACCUCAUCUCUUCACUCUCUAUACUUUUGCAGUAGGAAAUGAUGGUUACUUCUUUGAUACAACAAGAGAUUAUGUUCCUAUUUGUGCUUCGAUUACACCUGGUAAUAUAUGCUGUGAUAGAAGUAGUAUUCGUUCAGAUGUUUGUUUCAUGAAAGGGGAUAUAAGAACUCACUCUAUUUCAAAAUCAAUAUAUCUCUACUCAUCCAAAAACAUCAGUAAUGGAAGAAAACUACAGAAACAAAAAGGUGAACUAAUCAUACAACAUGAAAAGAUCAAACCCUAUACUAGAAAAUGGGAGAAGAACACAAUGGAAAGAAUUGAUGAAUUAGACUUAUUUGCUGUAAAGAAAUCCAAGAAGAAUAAAGCAGAUUCAAAUCCAUGUCAAGUUAAACACUCGGUUCCAGCUGUUUUCUUUUCUAAUGGAGGUUUAACUGGAAAUGUUUACCAUGAGUUCAAUGAUGGGAUUCUUCCUUUAUUCAUCACUUCACAACACUUGAAGAAGCAAGUUGUUUUCGUUAUUGUGGAAUAUCAUGAGUGGUGGUUUACAAAGUAUGAGAAUAUUCUAUCUCAGCUUACUGAUUAUCCAGUGAUUGAUUACUUUGCUGAUAAUAGAACGCAUUGUUUCCCCGAGGCUAUUGUUGGUCUUCAAAUUCACGAUGAACUUGCAGUGGAUAGUUCAUUGAUGCAGGGGAAGAAUACGUCAAUUCGAGAUUUUCGCGAGCUUCUUGAUCGGGCGUACUGGCCUAGAAUCAGCGGGUUGUUAGAUGAGGAAGAAGCUGAAUUGAAGGCAAACAUGUCUUCAUUACCUCCGUGGAUGGCUUCUUUGAGAGAAGAAGAAGAAGAAAUAAAGCAAGCAGAUUUAAAGACAAAGCCGAAACUAGUGAUAAUAUCUAGAAAUGGUUCGAGGUCGAUAAACAAUGAAGAAGAUAUGGUGGAAUUAGCUGAAGCUAUUGGCUUUCAGGUAGAAGUGCUGUAUCCAAAUCCAAGGACAGAGUUAGCCAAGAUAUAUCGAGUACUCAAUUCCAGUGAUGUCAUGAUUGGUGUUCAUGGAGCUGCAAUGACACAUUUCAUGUUCAUGAAACCAGGUUCUGUAUUUAUCCAAGUUAUCCCUCUUGGAACAGAUUGGGCUGCAGAAACUUACUACGGUGAUCCAUCCAUUAAACUUGGACUCGAGUACAUCCCCUACAAAAUCCUACCAAAAGAAAGCUCUUUGUAUGGUAAAUACAGCGAAGACGAUCCAGUCCUUGCUGAUCCCGAUAGUGUUAAUGCUAAAGGAUGGGAGUAUACUAAAAAGAUCUAUUUAGACGGGCAGAGUGUGGAUUUGAAUCUUCGACGAUUCCGUAAACGAUUGGUUCGUGCUUACGGGUAUAUGCAACGGAGAAAACGGCAUGGUGCACACUAAGAGGUAAACCAGCACCAGUUCCCAAGUAAAGCUGCAGAGUGUGGAUUUGCAUCUUCGGCAGUUUCGUAUAGCUCAAGCUUACAAGCAUAUCAUUGAGAAAACUGCAAGGUCCAUACUAGUGGAGGUAAACCAACAGGCAUGCAAAAUUGUCCAAGUACAGCUUCUACUUGAGUGUAACUUUGGAUUCAUUGCUUGAAUUUAUGUAUACAGGAAAGCAAAAUGUAUGUAGAUAUAUGUAUUUUUAUGUUUUUUUGGUGUACAAAAAGUAGAAGAAACUUAAAAAAGGAUGUUGAUUUUUUUUCUUUGGUUAACUUUUAAAUGGAACAAAUACUUAAUUUUUUAUUUAUUUA